CGGCCGAAGCGUGACCUGAGCCGGGGCGUGGCCUGGGCGAGGGCGUAGCCUGAGCCGGCCGGGAGCGUAGCCUGAGCCGGGGCGUGGCCUGGGCCGGGGCGUGGCCUGGGCCGACUGGGGGCGCGUGCUGACGAGCGGCGGGUGUGCGCGGCGCCUGCAGGCGCGGCUGGGUGGCUGCUGGGACGCGAGCGCGGGGAAGUCCGGCCGAGAGGCAGCAGCUUCCUGGGAAUUACUUAUUUGAAGAAACAUGAAGUCAUCUUGUGUUAUUAUGCUUACUCUAGCCAUCCUGGUGUUCCUGACAUGGGUCCCUGUGUCACUGAGUUGUAACAAAGCACUCUGUGCUAGUGAUGUGAGCAAGUGUCUCAUUCAGGAGCUCUGCCAGUGCCGCCCUGGAGAAGGGAACUGCUCGUGCUGCAAGGAGUGCAUGCUGUGCCUCGGGACACUCUGGGACGAGUGUUGCGACUGCGUGGGCAUGUGCAACCCUCGGAACUACAGCGACACCCCUCCCACGUCCAAGAGCACCGUGGAAGAGCUGCACGAGCCCAUCCCAUCUCUCUUCCGGGCACUCACAGAGGGGGACACGCAGCUGAACUGGAACAUCGUCUCCUUCCCGGUUGCCGAGGAACUCUCGCACCACGAGAACCUGGUCUCCUUCCUAGAAACCGUGAACCCACCGCAGCCCCAGAAUGUGUCUGUCCCCAGCAACACCGUGCAUGCGCCUUAUUCCAGCGACAAAGAACACAUGUGCACUGUGGUUUACUUUGAUGACUGCAUGUCCAUUCAUCAGUGCAAAAUAUCCUGUGAGUCCAUGGGGGCAUCGAAAUAUCGCUGGUUCCAUAACGCCUGCUGCGAGUGCAUUGGUCCAGAAUGUAUCGACUAUGGCAGUAAAACUGUCAAGUGUAUGAACUGUAUGUUUUAAAGACGGGAGAGACAGUAAACCAAAGCAGUUUAAUCAAGAAGCUUAUGAAAUGCCAUUUGUAAGUUUUACAUCUACAGUUUGCUUGAGAAUCCUAGCAGUUUAAGAAGAUGAAAGCAUUUGGACUGGGUUCCUGUGACCAGUAGAGUCAUGUGCUAAAUUAUGAUCACGAUCUUGCUGAUUUUACAAGCCUUUUCCCUUACAUGCAUGUAGGACUUUCGUCAUAUCAGAAGUCAGUGCACAGAGAAUUCUGUGAAAAAUCUGAUGUUUUUAAUGUAGAGCCUUAUGUCAUGUUCUAGUUUUCCAUAGGCCUUCUGAUUGAAGCACCAUGUCACAAGAACUGAUUCCUUUAUGUAUUGCACCUAGGACAUUUUUUAUAAUUGGAUUCCAUUCUUCACUGUAUCUUGUAUUUUUUUUAUUUGUUCUAUUAAUGGGAUAGAUAUUCAAAUCUAUCACCUGAGAGCUCACAUAAAAAUAACUGUAACAAGCGAAAUUCCAAACGGUUUCAGAAAGGAAAUGCUUACUGUAUUUUACAUUUAAGAUUUACAUAGUAGGAUCCAGCCUCUGCUCCACAGGCUGACAGAGGUCUCAGGAGUCACUUCUUCCUUGCGUCCCUCCCACUGCGUCUGCGGGAGUGUAUGCUGGCAGACUCUCUCCGAGCGCAGGGCUUGAGGGGCCUGAGGGAGACUGAGGGCAGGGCAGAAGGAUGCUGAAGCACUCUCUGACUUCAGGUACCAGUUUAAAGAACUCCAGGAAUGGGAACCCAUUGCCAGUUCGACCCUUUAGACUCCACUCCAAGCUCCAGAGCACAGCUUGUCCCUUAUGGUAAAUGGUAAAGCUGAGAGGAGAGAAUGGCCCCCUUGGCCGCAGCACGGAAGCCCUUCUGGGGAAGAACUAGUGGCAGGAUAGAGGCUGGCGGUGAGGGAGGUGGAGUCACCAGGAUGGACUGGGAGAGCUCCGGUGCCAUGCACUUAAGUGGGAAACAGGCCGAAAACUAUUUACAUUAAUAGUAUUAUUUUGUAAUAUUUAGUACCCGUGUCUAAUGUUCUCAUUAAAUAAUCGCACAGCAAGUUAAUGAAAUUUUAAAAUUCUGUGAAGAUGAUAUUAAUUCCAAGAAUGAUUUAGCAAAAUUAUUACAUUCUGUAGUGCAUAUCUGAAUUACAAGUAAUUUUUUAGGAGUACCUCUAAAGCUCAAUAUUUAGGUAUAUAAAAAUAGGUAAUGCUCUCAGACAUUUUUGUAUUCAUUAUUUAAAGAGCAGUUUGUUAUGAAAUCAAAUGUAAUAAUAUGAUUAUCAAAAUUUAGAGAACAUAUUUUGUUCUUUUUGAUAACUCUAAUACUUAAAGUACUUUAGCGUUUAUAAAAAGUUAAGAUUUAGGUCGUGGGUAUGUCUGUUUAAGUAAAAAACAUUGGGACAGCCUUUUCUUUUACAGAGAAUGCCUCUGUUUAAAAGUGCCUUGAAAACAUUAUAGCUUCCCUUUUUUAUUAAUACAAAUAAAACUUUGAAGUUUCUCUUAGAAAUUUAAAGGACUCUGCAGCCAGUUGUUCACUUCAGUUUUGCUGUUUUGCAGAAUAACCUCAAAUUAAGAAUAUAAAACUUUUCUGCUUUUUGACAGCAUGUUUGAUGUUUCCUUCAAUAUGUCAGCAAACAUUUUUAAAUGCAGUUGUUAUCUUUUUAGAUCUUCAUUACUAAAGUUUAAAAUGUCCACGUGCUUGUACCUACCCUCCGUGUGUGGGGAGAAGCACCUCUCACUUUCCUCGCCUCUAUGUGCCCCUCAGAAAUUAUCUCUAAGGGUAAUGGUUUUAUAUAUCCACAUUUUGCUUAAUUUUUCUGGCUUAUAAAAGGGUUUAAAGAAGUAUUUGACUUCAAAGAUUCCAUUUUCAGUCUUUGAAUAACAUUUUUUAAAGUACAGCAUGUUAGGAUAGUAGAGGAGUUAAGACUUCAUAUCUUGCAUGCAGCGGACCCCAGUUCUGUCUCUGGCACCACAUGUGGUCCCUUGAGAACCACCAGGAGUAACCCUUCAACACAGAGCAAGGAGUAGCCCCUGAACAACGCCAGAUAUAGUCCCAAAACCAAAGAAAAAAGUACUUGUGGGAAUUCAAAAGUCUCACUAAAAUUUAAGCCUUCUAUUACCAUUCUAAGCACCAUUCACUUUAGGAUUAAAAUUAUGGAUUAAGGGGAAAUUUUUUUUCUUUUUUUUCUUUCUCUUACUCCUGGGUGCUGGGUAUUGAACCAGGGUCUCUGGGCUGAAGGAGAGUGCUCUACUGCUGAGCCACACUCUCAGCCUCUGCCUCCAGCCCCACCCCACCCCACACACUCCAUUUUGUUAGCAAAAGAUUAAAUUGUUGCCUUUGCUUUUUUUCUCUUUUGCAGCUGUGCUCAGAGGGCCUGAGGGCCCUCCAGGUGGCCUUCCCCUCCCAGUUCUGGGACUUAACAGUGUGGGGAGCCCGCAGGGCCCCUGGGGGUUGGGGCCCACCUGGGCUUCCGCAGACCUGCUGUUGGGGGCCACUGGUGCAAGGCUGGCGCUCCAGACCUUUGCGCUAACUCCCUGUACUGUCACCUUUAUUUAUAACCAGAUUGUUUUUAAAGACACUAAAUUUUAAAUCAUUAAAUUUUUUUUUUUUUUUUUUGCUUUUUGGGUCUCACCCGGCGAUGCACAGGGGUAACUCCUGGCUUUGCACUCAGGAGUUACUCCUGGCGGUGCUCAGGGGACCAUAUGGGAUGCUGGGGAUCGAACCCGGGUCGGCCGCGUGCAAGGCAAACGCCCUACCCGCUGUGCUAUCACUCCAGCCCCAAAUCAUUAAAUUUUUAUGAAAGCCCCAUAUAGAAGGUUCUCUACUAUGGGAAGACUCGUUCUUGCUAUCAGCUUCUUUUGUCCUCUGCCUAUGUUUCACUAAAACUGUAUUCAUAAUAGUGACACCAGAUCAAAUAAUUCAGAUCAAAUCCAUGUUUACGUAGGAUGCUAUUAAACAUUUUCAUUUAGAAUAUAAAUUCUAAGGUUUUGAAGUCAGACUAAGAUGUUUGAACAAUAUUUGAACGGUACAUUUAAAUCAGUAGCAUCAGAAUGGAGAGAAGAAACUAAAGUUUUUGAAAAUUGAGGUAAAUGUAAAUUAGCCACAUAUUUAAAUUUUGUUUUAAGGAAAGGUUCUUUGAAGAUAAUUUUAAUGUAUUCUGCAUUCACAACAAUCUGUGUUUUUGUGUUUUACAUGGUCUAUUACAUAUAUAAUUAUGUACUUUCUGUUUUACCCCUAUACAAGAAAGUAUUUUAGUAAAAAAUUAAAAUGAAUGUGUGUAUUUUUGUUAUUUUAUAAUC